AGAGAGAGCGCUAGUUAAGACCUUCACCGGUGCAGCCAUUACUGCUUUACAAGCCCAAGUCUCAUGGAAAGGGAGAGAGAAAGAGAGAGAGAGAGAGAGAGAGAGAAACGUCGGCGUUGAACAUGUCUUUGCUUUCUUAGUAUGUGGAACAUGUCAUUGAUCUUCUUUACUUUGCUUUUACUUAAUCCAUAUUUAAGAACCCAUCUCUCUCUCUCUCUCCCUCCUUCAGUGGUUCUCAAUAAUCUCUCUCUUGAAAAAGUCUUUAAAGUAUGGCCGCCGAAGGUGGUGGUGGAGGAGGAGGAGAAGGGGUGAGUACCCCUCGGACUCUUCAAGUAACACCCACUUGGGCUGUAGCAACUGUUAUCUUCAUAUUCAUCUUCGUUGGCAUUUUCAUUGAAUACUUGAUCCAUCUCCUAGGCCAUUGGCUAAAGAAACAUAGAAAGAAUGGAGUGUCUGAGGCAGUAGAGAAGCUAAAGUCAGUGUUGAUGCAGAUGGGGUUCAUGUCACUAACACUAGCAAUAACUCGAAGGGGUAUUGCCAAAAUCUGCAUACCAAACAGUGUUGCUGAUUACAUGCUUCCAUGUCCAAAAUCCAUCCCUGAACAAAAAACAACCAAUGCACUCGGCUUCUCAUAUGAUCAUCCUCCUAUUUGGGCACCAAACACAUUUCAACAUUUGGAGAGAAAAUUGGAAUCCCAUUCUCCUUCUCCUAUCUUAGAUCAUUGUGGUUCUAAAGGAAUGACACCUCUCAUAUCGGCUCCAGGGACAGUUCAGCUGAGUACCUUCAUCUUUGUAUUAGCAGUAAUGCAGAUUGUGUACAGUAUUGCCACAAUGGCUUUAGGAAGGGCCAAGAUGAGGCGUUGGAAAGCUUGGGAAAAAGAAACCCAAACAGUGGAAUACAUGGCAGCUAAUGAUCCAAAUCGGUUUAGAUUUACAAGACAAACAACAUUUGGGCGACGACAUAUGACCGAUUGUACAACACCAAUUCUACUGUGGAUUAAAAGUUUCAUCAGGCAAUUUUUCAAUUCAGUAGCAAAGGUUGAUUAUCUCACUCUCCGACAUGGUUUCAUUGCGGCUCAUUUGUCAACAAACAACACUUUCAAUUUCCAAAAAUACAUACAACGAUCAUUGGAAGAGGAUUUCAAAGUUGUUGUAGGCAUCAGUCCUUUCAUGUGGCUUCUGGUUGUAAUCCUCAUACUAGUCGACGUGCAUGGUUGGCAAGUAUACCUUUGGGUAUCCUUUCUCCCACUCAUUAUAGUGCUAUUUGUUGGAACAAAAUUAGAAGUAAUAGUGGCAAAAAUGGCACUUCAACUGCAAAAUCAAAACAAUGUGAUAAAAGGAGCCCCAUUGGUGCAACCCAGUGACAAUCUCUUCUGGUUUGGUCGCCCUGAAUUCGUCUUGACCCUUCUUCAUUACACUCUCUUUGUGAAUGCAUUUGAAUUUGCCUUCUUCGUUUGGGUCACGUUAGAAUUUGGGUUCUAUUCUUGUUACCAUGAACGAGUAAAGAUCAUCAGUGUCAGGGCGGUAUUAGCGGUGAUGGUUCAAAUCCUUUGCAGUUACAUUACUCUCCCCCUCUAUGCUCUUGUCACCCAGGUUCUUCCUCUCUAGAGACGCCUUUGCCUACACCUGAUCCUAUCCCGACUUCUCUCUCUGAUGGCCCCGUUGAGUCUUCUAUCACCCUACCAGAUCCUCUUCCCACCGGUCGUCCACAUCGGGUAACUGAACUACCUGUUCAUCUUCGUGAUUAUAUUGUCGGGUCUACUGCAUUUUCUACUUAUGAACCUGCCUCCUAUCGUGAGGCUUGUACUAAUCCUCUUUAGCAGUAAGCUAUGACUGAUGAAUUGCAGGCUUUAGACAAAACUCAUACCUGGGAUGUUAUUGAUCUUCCUCCUGGAAAGACUGCAAUUGGCUAAUAAUGAGUCUUCAAAAUUAAGACUCAUUCUGAUGACUCUGUUGAGCGCUACAAAGCUUGUCUUGUUGCAAAGGGCUUUACCCAGGAAUAUGACAUUGAUUAUAAGGAGACUUUCGCUCUAGUUGCUUGGCUUACCUCUGUGCGUAGCUUACUUGUGUUGCCGCUGCUCACCACUGGGAUCUCUUUCAGAUGGAUGUCAAAAAUAUCUGCCUCAAUGGUGAUCUUCUCGAGGAAGUCUACAUACAACCUCCCCCUAGGUCUGCUUAUCAGUUCAUAAGGUUUACAAAUUACAGCGUGCUCUCUAUGGUCUCAAGCAAGCCCCAUGCGCUUGGUUUACUAAAUUCAGUUCCACCAUCUAUGAUUUCAGCUUCACUUCCAGCUCAUAUGACUCUGCUCUAUUUGUUCGAACCACUCCUAAUGGCACCACUCUUCUUCUUCUUUACGUGGAUGAUAUGAUUAUCAUCGGUGAUGAUGUGGCUGGUAUUCUUAGCCUCAAACAAUUUUUCAAUCGUCAGUUUGAGAUGAAGGACCUUGGAAGUCUCAAUUAUUUCUUAAGGCUUGAAAUCUCUCAUGAUUCCACUAGUUAUUAUUUAUCCCAAGCCAAAUAUGCAUCCAAUCUUCUAGCACGUGCUGGUCUUACUGAUUGCAAGACUACCUCUAUUCCCAUUGAUCCUCAGACUCGUCUCACUCCUUUAGACGGGGAUCUUCUCUCUAAUGCUACUCUUUAUCGCCAGCUGGUAGGUAAUCUUGUCUAUCUCACUGUGACUCAUCCUGACGUUGCCUAUGAUGUCCAUCUUGUUAGUCAGUACAUGUCGGCUCCCGCACCCCACAUUAUACUGCUCUACUUUGCAUACUUCGUUACCUCAAAGGCACAUGUUCCAUGGACUCCACCACUCUACUCACUCUUCUCUCAAGCUUCGUGUUUUUUCUGAUACUGAUUGGGUUGGGGAUCCUACUAAUCGACGCUCCACCACGGGUUUCUGUUUCUUCUUAGGGGAUUCUCUUCUUACUUGGUGUAGCAAGAAACAGUCUCUCACUGCUCACUCUAGUACUGAAGCUGAAUACCGUGCACUUGCUGACACUACUCAGGCUUUUGUGGCUUCACUGGCUCCUUGCUGAUAUGGGUGUUUCUUCCCCUGGUGCUAUCUCUCUCUAUUGUGACAAUCAAAGUGCCAUUCAGAUUGCUUACAAUGAUGUCUUCCAUGAUUGCACCAAACAUAUUGAGAUUGAUUGUCAUUUCAUUCAACAGCAUGUUACAUAUGGCACUGUUCAUCUUCUCCCUAUUUCUUCUACUGAUCAACCUGCUGAUAUUUUCACCAAGGCUCAUCUUUCUGGUCAUUUCAGUGAUCUAGUUUCCAAACUUAAGUUGAAUGAUGCUUACCCACCUUGAGUUUGAAGGGGGUUGUUAAUGUAUAUAUUAGCUUUAUAUAUAUCUAUAUUGUAGAUAUAUCUUUGUAUCUCUAUCUCUCUCUAUUACUAUCUCUAUCUCUUUGUAUCUC